GACUUGAGUGCGAGCGUACAGUGUUCAAGCUCUGGCCUUUGCUCUCUCUCUCUCUCUCUCUCUCUCUCUCUCUCUCUCGCUCUCAGUCUUUCUUUAUUUCUUUCAAAUUUUACUCAUUUCAGGCAUUUCUUUAAGUUUCUUUGCUUUAGCUUUUGGUUGCAGUUAAGAUCUACCAAAUACAGCACUACAUUUCAUCUUUUCCCACUACUGCUGUCUGUGUCUGCCAUUUAAAAGCCAAAAAGAAAAUCACAAAUUUGAAAGAAACCCAGUUUUGUUAUCUCUGUUUCCCGUCCUUCUUCGUCCUCUUCUUUCUUGUAGUCCAAAACUUUUGACCCAUAGAUCCGCCAUGCUCAACCUGCGGCCUCGCCGCGAUUCCACUCCGUACACGACCAAAUGGCAAAACAAGUUUGAGGAGAAUUUGGAGCAAUGGCCACAUCUGAAGGAGCUGGUACAGUGCUACACAACAGACUGGGUGAAGGAUGAGAACAAGUAUGGUCACUACGAGAGUGUUGGACCGCCUUCAUUUCAGAACCAGAUUUAUGAGGGUCCUGACACUGAUAUUGAGACUGAAAUGCACCUUUCAAGUGCAAGGCGAACCAAGGUGGAUGAUACUACUGAUGAUGAUGUCCCAAGUACCUCGGGACGACAAUUUAUGGACGCUACUGUAUCCGAUUCAGUGCACUCCAAUGAUCCAAAGCAUUUUGGUCAAUCUCCCCUCCCUGCCUACGAACCAGCUUUUGAUUGGGAAAAUGAAAGGUCAAUGAUAUUUGGCCAAAGGGUUCCUGAAACACCAAUAUCUCAUGGAUUGAAGAUCUCAGUGAAAGUUCUGUCCCUAUCUUUUCAAGCGGGAUUAGCAGAACCAUUUUAUGGAACAAUUUGCUUAUACAAUAGGGAGAGAAGAGAAAAACUGUCAGAGGACUUCUAUUUUCGUCAUGCACCAACCGAAAAGAAGGAUAUUUCUUUUGAACCUCGUGGAAUCUUCUAUUUGGAUGCUCCAUCAUCUUCUGUUUGUCUGCUAAUCCAGUUAGAGAAGCAUGCCACAGAAGAAGGCGGGGUUACACCUUCAGUUUAUUCUCGUAAAGAACCAGUACACUUGACCGAGAAAGAAAAGCAAAAACUGCAGGUGUGGUCUCAAAUAAUGCCUUACAGAGAGUCCUUCGCCUGGGCUGUUGUUUCAUUAUUUGAUAACAGCAUUGGUGCAGCUUCUGGUGGGUCUGCUUCACCAAGCAGUCCUCUUGCUGCUAGUAUAUCUGGUUCAAGUUCUCAUGAGGGUGUGUUUGAGCCUAGUGCAAAGGUUACAUUAGAUGGGAAGCUAGGUUAUUCAAGUCGAAGCUCUGUUGUUGUUGAAAUAUCAAAUUUAAAUAAAGUCAAAGAAUGCUAUACUGAGGACUCACUUCAGGAUCCCAAACGCAAGAUCCACAAACCUGUGAAAGGUGUUUUGAGACUUGAAAUCGAGAAGCACCAGAAUGACCAUGUUGACAUGGAAAAUAUAUCAGAAAGUGGUAGUAUGACCAAUGAUUCUAUUGAUGAUCGCAUUACUGAUUCCACAUUUGGGAAGCUCCCAAGUAAUGGUUUGGAUGGUCCUCAGGGUAGCAGCUCUAAGUGGAAUUCUUUCGAUGCCAAAGAAAUAUCUGGAAAUGGAUCAAAUACUCAUGGAAAUUCAGUUCCCAGUUCUGAUGAUUUUCAAGCUUUCGACUUCCGUACUACAACAAGAAAUGAGCCUUUCUUGCAGCUUUUUCAUUGUCUGUAUGUGUAUCCUAUGACUGUUAGUUUAAGUCGGAAGAGGAAUUUGUUCAUAAGAGUUGAACUUCGGGAGGAUGAUAAUGAUAUUCGUAGGCAGCCUUUAGAGGCAAUGUAUCCACGGGAGCCAAGUGCAUCACUUCAGAAGUGGGCUCACACACAAUUGACUGUUGGGGCAAGGGUGGCCUGCUACCAUGAUGAAAUAAAACUCUCUCUCCCUGCCACCUGGACACCAACACAUCAUCUUUUAUUUACUUUUUUUCAUGUUGAUCUUCAAACAAAAUUAGAAGCUCCAAAGCCGAUAGUAAUUGGAUACGCGGCACUUCCAUUAUCCACACAUGCUCAGUUGCGCUCUGAAAUUUCUUUGCCAAUUAUGAGGGAGCUGGUUCCACAUUAUCUCCAGGAUAUGGGCAGAGAGAGGUUGGAUUAUUUGGAAGAUGGAAAGAAUAUAUUUCGAUUGCGCUUAAGGCUUUGUUCGUCGUUAUAUCCUAUCAAUGAGCGCAUAAGAGAUUUUUUCCUUGAAUACGAUAGGCACACUCUUCGAACAAGCGCACCUUGGGGUUCUGAACUUCUGGAGGCUAUUAACAGUUUGAAGAAUGUUGAUUCCAUUGCUUUGCUUCAGUUUCUUCAUCCAAUUUUGAAUAUGCUUCUCCAUCUAAUAGGCAAUGGCGGAGAAACCCUCCAGGUUGCUGCAUUCAGAGCCAUGGUUAAUAUCGUGACCCGGGUACAGCAGGAGUCAGUUGAUGAUGCUGAAAGAAAUCACUUCCUAGUUAACUAUGUUGAUUAUGUGUUUGAUGACUUUGGAGGUCGUCAACCACCAGUUUAUCCUGGCCUGUCAACUGUUUGGGGAAGCUUGGCUCGUAGUAAGGCUAAAGGAUACCGUGUUGGACCUGUGUAUGAUGACGUUUUGGCAAUGGCUUGGUUUUUCCUUGAGCUAAUUGUCAAGUCAAUGGCAUUGGAGAAGAUGCGUCUUUUCUAUCAUAAUCUUCCAUUAGGUGAAGAGAUUCCGCCUAUGCAAUUGAAAGAAGGUGUAUUCAGAUGCAUAAUGCAGUUGUAUGAUUGCCUACUAACAGAAGUGCAUGAACGUUGUAAGAAAGGAUUAAGCUUGGCAAAGCGUUUAAACAGCAGUUUGGCUUUCUUUUGUUAUGAUCUCUUGUCCAUCAUCGAACCUCGCCAAGUUUUUGAAUUGGUGUCCUUGUACUUGGACAAGUUUUCUGGGGUAUGUCAAUUGGUUCUGCAUGAUUGCAAGCUCACAUUUUUGCAAAUUAUAUGUGAUCAUGACCUUUUUGUGGAAAUGCCUGGGAGAGACCCUUCUGAUAGGAACUACCUUUCGUCUGUUCUAAUACAAGAGCUAUUUCUUACUUGGGAUCAUGAUGAUUUAUCUCUGCGGGCAAAGGCGGCUAGAAUUUUAGUAGUCCUUUUGUGCAAGCAUGAGUUUGAUGCUCGAUACCAAAAGCCUGAAGAUAAACUUUAUAUUGCGCAGCUAUAUUUUCCACUUAUCGGACAGAUUCUAGAUGAAAUGCCUGUGUUUUACAACCUCAAUGCUGUUGAAAAGCGUGAAGUUUUAGUUGCUAUUUUGCAAAUUGUCCGGAACCUUGAUGAUGCAUCACUUGUCAAGGCGUGGCAGCAAAGCAUUGCUAGAACUAGAUUAUUUUUCAAACUCAUGGAGGAAUGCCUUGUUCUAUUUGAGCACAGAAAACCUGCUGAUGGCAUGCUUAUGGGAUCUAGUUCUCGCAGUCCUGUUGGUGAUGGCCCUGCUUCCCCCAAGUAUUCUGACAGACUCUCUCCUGCGAUCAACAACUAUCUGUCUGAGGCAUCUAGACAAGAAGUCAGACCUCAGGGUACACCUGAAAAUGGGUAUUCAUGGCAGAGAGUAAAUUCUCAGUUGAGUUCCCCUAGCCAGCCAUAUUCCUUAAGAGAAGCUCUGGCUCAGGCACAAUCCUCUAGAAUUGGAGCUUCUGCUCAAGCACUAAGAGAAUCUUUGCAUCCAAUAUUGAGACAAAAAUUGGAGCUCUGGGAAGAAAACUUGAGUGCUUCUGUCAGUCUUCAGGUUUUGGAAAUAACUGAGAAGUUUUCCACAAUGGCAGCAUCCCAUAGCAUUGCCACUGACUAUGGAAAAUUUGAUUGCGUCACAGCUAUAUUCAUGAGCUUCUUCUCUCGAAAUCAACCAUUGUCUUUCUGGAGAUCACUGCUUCCUGUCUUCAACAGUGUCUUCAAUCUUCAUGGUGCAAAUUUGAUGGCAAGGGAAAAUGACCGUUUUUUAAAGCAAGUCACUUUCCAUCUUCUUCGACUUGCUGUGUUUCGAAAUGAUAAUAUCAGAAAAAGGGCUGUUAUGGGGCUCCAGAUGCUUAUAAGGAGUUCUUUCUACUACUUUAUGCAGACAGCAAGGUUGAGGGUCAUGCUGAUCAUCACAUUGUCAGAGUUGAUGUCUGAUGUACAAGUGACUCAGAUGAAGUCUGAUGGAACACUAGAAGAGAGUGGUGAAGCAAGGCGUCUUCGGCAAUCACUGGAGGAAGUGGCAGAUGCCUCUAAGAGCCCCAGUCUUUUGAGAGUGUGUGGACUUCCUGAGAGUGCUCUGUUAGACAUUCCAGAAAGAAUGACAGAAAAUAGAUGGUCCUGGUCAGAAGUGAAGUAUCUCUCCGAAAGUCUUCUUCUUGCUCUUGAUGCCAGCUUGGAACAUGCACUCCUGGGCUCUUUGAUGACUAUGGACAGAUAUGCAGCUGCAGAAAGCUUCUAUAGACUGGCUAUGGCAUUUGCCCCUGUCCCAGAUCUUCACAUAAUGUGGUUACUGCAUUUAUGUGAUGCACAUCAAGAAAUGCAGUCUUGGGCAGAAGCUGCUCAGUGUGCUGUUGCUGUGGCUGGUAUUGUAAUGCAGGCCCUUGUGGCGAGAAAUGAUGGUGUUUGGAGCAAAGAUCACAUAACUGCUCUACGUAAAAUUUGUCCAAUGGUCAGCAAUGAGAUCAGCUCUGAGACUUCUGCAGCUGAGGUAGAAGGAUAUGGUGCAUCAAAACUUACUGUUGACUCUGCUGUGAAGUACCUACAGCUCGCAAAUAAGCUAUUUUCUCAAGCUGAACUCUUUCAUUUCUGUGCAAGCAUUCUGGAACUUGUUAUCCCAGUUUACAAAAGCAGGAGGGCAUAUGGACAGCUGAGUAAAUGUCACACGAUGCUUACUAAUAUCUAUGAAUCAAUACUUGAGCAGGAAUCAAGUCCAAUUCCGUUCACUGAUGCAACAUACUACAGGGUUGGGUUUUACAGUGACCGAUUUGGAAAGUUAGAUAGAAAGGAAUAUGUAUACAGGGAGGCCCGUGAUGUAAGGCUAGGUGACAUAAUGGAGAAACUUAGUCAUAUAUACGAGUCUAGGAUGGAUGGCAAUCACACGUUACACAUUAUUCCGGAUUCCAGGCAGGUAAAGGCAGAUGAAUUGCAGCCUGGUGUCUGCUACCUGCAGAUAACUGCUGUUGAUCCAGUCAUGGAAGAUGAAGAUUUGGGAAGCAGAAGGGAGAGAAUCUUUUCUCUUUCCACUGGUAGUGUUCGUGCACGAGUCUUUGAUCGUUUCUUGUUUGAUACCCCAUUUACGAAAAAUGGAAAGACUCAAGGUGGAUUGGAAGACCAGUGGAAGAGGCGAACUGUUCUUCAGACUGAAGGUUCAUUCCCAGCUCUUGUGAAUAGGCUUUUAGUUACAAAAUCGGAAUCGCUUGAGUUUUCCCCAGUAGAAAAUGCCAUUGGGAUGAUUGAAACUCGGACAGCUGCCUUACGAAAUGAACUUGAAGAGCCUCGCAGUUCCGAAGGGGAUCAACUCCCACGUCUCCAGAGCCUACAGAGAAUUCUUCAAGGCAGUGUUGCAGUUCAGGUUAACAGCGGGGUACUGAGUGUGUGCACUGCAUUCCUGUCUGGUGAGCCUGCAACAAGGUUGCGGUCGCAGGAACUGCAGCAACUCAUUGCCGCGCUCCUUGAAUUUAUGGCAGUAUGCAAGCGUGCCAUUCGUGUCCACUUCAGAUUGAUUGGUGAGGAAGAUCAGGAGUUCCACACACAGCUUGUGAAUGGAUUUCAAUCUCUAACUGCCGAGUUGUCUCAUUACAUCCCUGCCAUUCUGUCAGAGCUGUGACAUUGUUGUAGAAUUACUCUAGUGUUAUUGUUUUGUUUUGUCUUUUCGUUUUUACAUUUUAGGUUUUUCUCCUUGUGCUGUUGCUGCAAUGUGUCAAUAUCUUUCACGCACAUGGUUUUGUUCAUAUAUCUGGCCUAUGUCUCAGCAGCAAAGCAUGAAUCUCAACAUUGUUUCAUCUGACAGUUUUAAUGAAUGUUUUUUUUAAAAGUU